AGCGCGCCGCGUUACGCACGCGAGCGUCCCCCUCCCCACUCUCACGCCUGUGGGCGCAGCGCGAGUGCGGCUGGUGAGCUGGGGGGCCCGCGGCGGCGUUUCGUGUUUCGCUCAGCGAGCGAGCGGCUCUGCGCGCGCCACGACCAUGAGGCGCAGCAAGGCCGAGGUGGAGCGGUACAUCGCCUCCGUGCAGGCCGCGGCCCCCUCCCCCAAAGAGAAAUCAAUGAAAGGAUUCUUUUUUGCUAAACUCUAUUAUGAAGCGAAAGAGUAUGAACUUGCUAAAAGAUACAUAUCUACUUACCUUAAUGUACAAGAGAGAGAUCCCAAGGCACACAAAUUUCUGGGCCAGCUCUAUGAAGCUGAAGAUAACAUAGAAAAAGCUGUGGGUUGCUAUAAGCGUUCAGUGGAGUUGAACCCAACACAAAAAGAUCUUGUACUGAAGAUUGCGGAAUUAUUGUGUGACAAUGACGUUACAGAUGGAAGAACAAAAUACUGGGUUGAGAGAGCUUCUAAACUCUUCCCUGGAAGCCCUGCUGUUUACAGACUGAAGGAACAGUUAUUGGAUUGUAAAGGUGAAGAUGGAUGGAAUCAGCUUUUUGAUCUGAUACAGUCAGAACUCUAUGCAAGACCAGAUGAUGUCUAUGUAAAUAUCAGGCUAGUAGAGCUCUACCGUUCAAAUAAAAGAUUGAAGGAUGCUGUGGCUCACUGUCGAGAGGCAGAAAAGAAGAUUACUAUGCGAUCAAGCUUGCAGUGGUGUUCGUGUGUUGUACAGACACUUAAGGAAUAUUUGGAAUCUGCACAGGACUCAGAGUCUGAAAAAAGUAAUUGGAGAAACACCAACAGAGAUCUGCUGCUGGCCUACUCCAACCUUGUGGUGAUGACACUUUCUACUAGAGAUGUUCAAGAAAGCAGAGAAUCACUUGCAAGUUUUGAUCAUGCUCUUCAGUCUGUGAAACCAUAUGUGAAUGGGAAUGAUGAGCUGUCUGUUACAUUCCUGGAAAUGAGAGGUCACUUUUACUUGUAUGCUGGAACUCUCUUGUUGAAAAUGGCCCAGCACAGUGAGAAGCAAUGGAGAGCUGUAUCUGAACUGGCAGCUUUGUGUUACCUUAUAGCUUUUCAAGUCCCUAGACCAAAGACAAAACUAAUAAAGGCAGAUCAAGCUGGACAAGAUAUACUGGAAAUGUUAGCCUGUGAUCGACAGAGCCAGUCUGGUCACAUGCUGCUAAACUUAAGCCAUGGCAAGCAAGACUUCUAUAAAGAGAUUGUGGAGUCUUUUGCAAAUGAAAGUGGGCAAUCUACUUUAUGUGAUGCACUCUUUGAGAAUGGAGCUCCUAGAGAGAGAACUUUCAUUAGCACUGAUAAUAUCAGAAGUGUCUGUAUACAGGGACCAAACCAUGUGGAUCUAGCCAGAUAUGAUAUUGGCGCAAUUAGAGUGCACAAUGGUUGUCUCCAGCACCUUACGUGGCUUGGUUUACAGUGGAACUCCAUGUCAGUCUUACCUGCAAUACGCAAGUGGUUAAAACAACUUUUUCACUUGCCCCAGGAAACAUCAAGACUUGAGACCAAUGCUCCUGAAACAAUCUGUAUAUUGGACCUCGAAGUAUUUCUUCUUGGAGUGAUAUUUACUAGCCACUUACAAUUACAAGAGACAUUUAAUACUCACUACAGUUCACAUCAACCUCAAUUUUUACCACUACCAGUGAGCAAACAGCUCUGUAGUGAAAGGCAGAGAUCCUGGUGGGAUGCUGUUUAUAACCUUAUUCACAAAAAAACAAUACCAGGAACAGCAGCAAAAUUAAGGCUUCUAGUCCAGCAUGAAAUAAACACUCUGAGAGCACUGGGGAAACACGGACUUCAACCUGCCCUAAUUGUUCACUGGGCAAAAUGUCUUCAUAAAACAGGCAGUAGUCUAAACUCUUUCUAUGACCAAAGGGAAUACAUUGGACGAAGUGUUUAUUAUUGGAAAAAAGUUUUGCCUAUGCUGGAAAUAAUCAAAAAGAAGAAAAGUGUUCCUGAACCUAUUGAUCCUUUGUUCAAACACUUCCAUAGUUCAGAUAUUCAGGUUUCUCAGGUUGCAGAAUAUGAAGAGGAGGCAUAUAUAGCAUUUGCUAUGUUGGAUGCAGUUGACGGAAAAACUGAGGAUGCUUUGCUAGCACUUGAAGCUAUUAAAAACGUUGUUUCAUAUUGGAAUCUUGCACUAAUUUUCCAGAGAAAGGCUGAAGAGAUUGAGAAUGAUGCACUCUCACCACAAGAACAAGAAGAGUGCAAAAGUCACCUGCAAAAGAGCAGAGACUAUCUAUUAAAGAUCAUUGAUGAAAGUUUUACAGACACUUCAGUAAUUGAGAAGUUACCAGUGUCAAUAGAAACUGUUAAGGAGAUGCUGGAAACAGUAAUUCAAGAACUUGGGGAUUAUGGUGAAGAAGGAAGUCCUGGUUUCAAGAAUGGCCUAUCCCGAACUGUAGAUUCAGAAUUUAAACAUUCCACUCCAUCACCAACAAAAUUUUCUUUAUCACCAAGUAAAAGCUACAAGUUCUCUCCCAAAACUCCCCCUCGUUGGGCAGAGGAUCAGAAAUCUUUACUUCAGAUGAUCUGUCAGCAAGUAGAAGCCAUUAAGAAUGAGAUGCAUGAAAUGAAACUCAAUAAUUCCAACUCAAACUUGUCAUCUCAUCGGUGGCCUGCUGAAGGCUAUGGCACAGAUACAAUGUCAGAUGGCUAUCAGGGAACACAAAACUUUCAUGGAGCUCCACUAACAGUUGCUACCACUGGCCCAUCAGUCUACUACAGUCAGUCGCCUGCAUAUAACUCUCAGUAUCUUCUCAGAACAGCUGCUACCAAUGUAACACCAACAAAGGCUCCAGUCUAUGGCAUGAACAGGCUUACACCUCAACAACAUAUAUAUGCUUAUCAACAGCCAAUGCAUACACCACCACUACAGAACACCUCUGCCUGCAUAUUUUCCCAAGAAAUGUAUGGCGCUUCUUUGCGUUUUGAUUCUCCUGCUACUGGACUUCUGUCUCCACGUGGUGGUGAUGAGUAUUAUAAUUACAGUGUUCCACAAGCAAGCACAAAUCCACCAUUGCCUGAGCCAGGCUAUUUCACAAAACCUUCAGUUGGUCCUCUGAUUCCAAAGUCUGCAGAAUCAAAGGUGAUAGAAUUUGGGAAAUCAACCUUUGGGCAGCCUGUUCCAGCAGAAGGAACAAAAUCCUCUUUCACAACACCUGCACAAUCAACUCAACCAACCACUUUUAAAUUUAACUCUAAUUUCAAAUCUAAUGAUGGAGACUUUACAUUUUCAUCACCUCAGAUUGUAGGCCAGCCCCCCAGUGCAGCUUUUAAUAGCAGUGAAAGCCUCUUGGGUCUUCUGACAUCGGAUAAACCUUUACAAGAUGAUCGAUACAUGGGGCAAAGAACAGUUCAUGAUCAUACAACUGGCCAAAGAAAUGCCUUCAGUUUUGGUAACAAAAAUAUUUCAGGCAUUUCAUUUACAGAAAAUAUGGGACAAAACCAACCUAAAACUUCAGGUUUUGGCAAGGGUGACAUAUUCAAUUUCCAAGAUCCUGGAAAACCAGUGUUUGGAACCCCAAGUUCAGAUCUGGCCAAUAGAAGUCAUGAAACUGAGGGAGGAAGCAUCCAUGGUGCUGAUGAUGAUGAUGAUGGUCCACACUUUGAGCCUGUAGUGCCACUCCCUGACAAGGUUGAAGUAAAGACAGGUGAGGAAGAUGAAGAGGAAUUCUUUUGCAACAGAGCAAAGCUAUUCCGUUUUGACACAGAAUCUAAAGAAUGGAAAGAAAGGGGCAUUGGAAAUGUGAAAAUACUAAGGCAUAAAAUAUCUGGGAAGAUUCGGCUGCUCAUGAGGCGGGAGCAAAUAUUGAAAAUCUGUGCAAAUCACUAUAUAAAUACAGAUAUGAAACUGCAACUAAACGCAGGUUCAGACAAAUCAUUUGUAUGGCAUGCUUUAGAUUAUGCAGAUGAGUUUCCAAAACCUGAGCAGCUUGCCAUUAGAUUCAAAACACCUGAGGAAGCAAUGCUUUUCAAGCAUAAGUUUGAAGAGGUGCAGAAUAUUUUGAGAACCUCGGGAUCAAAUGUUGGUACACCAGCCAUUCAGAGUGUUGGGAUUACAAGAGAAAUAGCAAAUCAGAAUAGCAAGGAGCCUUGCAAAACUACUCCUGGAACCCUGAAUUUUGGAUUUCAGUUUAAGAAAGAGGAGAUGUGGCAGUGUAAUGUCUGCUCAGUGAAAAACAGUUUAACUACUUCCCAUUGUAGUGCUUGCCAGGCUCCAAUCCAAAAUACAAGCAGUUCUGUAAAGGGACCUGAUGGCAAAAGCAGUUUUACAGUUACAUCAGCUACAUCUACACCAAUAUCCUUUUCUUUUGGUAGGGAAAUCCCAUCCACAUGUACUACUAGUGGAUCUGGGGAACAGUUUAUGUUGAAGGAAGAUCAGUGGGCUUGUAAUGUGCAUCUGGUUCGAAAUGAAGCUACUGAUAAGAACUGCUCAGCGUGCCAAAGUCUGAAUCCAAGAAACAAGGAAAUGCAUGUUGUACCAUUACCUGAAACUUCUGCAGCUUUCAAACCCAACACUGAUACCACACACGAUAAAUUUGGGUCAGUUUUUGCUAAAAAAGAAGGUCACUGGGAUUGCAAUGUUUGCUUCGUAAGAAACGAGCCCACUACAUCUAAAUGUGUUGCCUGCCAGAAUCCAAAUAGAACUAACAUGCCAGUAUUUGGUCAGCAAGCUUCAUUUAAAAGUGGCCAAGGAGAUGUUCCAAAGACUACACACAAUGAUUUUGGAGCUGCAUUCUCUAAAAAAGAAGGUCAGUGGGAUUGCAGUGUGUGCCUAGUCAGAAAUGAAGCAAGAGCUGUAAAUUGUGUUGCUUGUCAGAAUCCCAAUUCACCAAAUCAGCCUAAUGUGUCUACAUCUACUAUUCAAGCAUCUCCUACUCCUGGAGUUGGUUCUACCGCUGAUGCAAGUAAACCCCAGAAAAGUGGAUUUGAGGGACUCUUCGCUAGAAAGGAAGGGCAAUGGGAUUGCAAUGUUUGCUUGGUACGAAAUGAAGGCUCUUCAGUAACCUGCGCAGCUUGUCAAGCACCAAAUCCAAGUAAUAAGCCUGUUGCUGACGCCCCAUCAACUCUUACAUUUGCCCUUAAAAGCAAAUUCUCUGAACCUGCUGGAGGACAACUGGGAACAGGUUUUAAGUGUGACCUUUCUGAAAAAGGUUUUAAAUUUGGCCAUGCAGAACAAGGAAAAGCACCUUCUUCCUUCAACUUUCAGAUUCCUUCAGAUACUGAAGUUAAAUCUGGAAAAGAAGGAUUUAGCUUUUCAAUGCCUGUGCCCACAGGUGGAUUUAAAUUUGGCAUACAGGAGCCUAGUAAAAAUAUCACAAAGGAUGAGCCACCCAAAGAAAGUACCAAUGGCUUCUUAAACAGUGGUGAUGAAAAAGAGAAAAAGGAGACUCCCUCAAAGGGUGUAACUGGUAUCCAGUCUCAUAAUGUCUCAAACAAACAGAACAGUGAUUUAGUAUUUGGCCAGAAUAGCAGCACUUUCACUUUUGCUGACCUUGCAAAAACUACUUCUGGAGAAGAAUGUCAGUUUGGUGUAAAAGAUCCAAACUUCAAGGGUUUUUCAGGUGCAGGUGAAAAGUUAUUUUCCUCACAGAGUUCUAAAAUGGCUCACAAGGCUAAUACUUCUGUUGAUCUUGAGAAGGAGGAUGAUGCAUAUAAGACAGAGGACAAUGAUGAUAUCCAUUUUGAACCUGUAGUCCAGAUGCCUGAAAAAGUGGAAUUAGUGACAGGGGAAGAGGAUGAGACUGUGCUCUAUUCACAAAGAAUAAAACUCUUUAGGUUUGAUCCAGAAACAAGUCAGUGGAAAGAACGUGGUGUUGGCAACUUGAAAAUUCUUAAAAAUGAAGUUAAUGGCAAACUAAGAAUGCUAAUGCGACGUGAACAGGUACUGAAAGUAUGUGCAAACCACUGGAUAACAACUACCAUGAACUUGAAAUCUCUGUCUGGUUCAGACAAAGCAUGGAUGUGGCUAGCCAGUGACUUUUCUGAUGGAGAUGCAAAAUUGGAGCAGCUGGCAGCUAAAUUCAAGACGACAGAGCAGGCUGAGGAAUUCAAACAGAAGUUUGAAGAGUGUCAGAGGCUGCUGUUGGAUAUUCCACUGCAGACCCCACAUAAACUUGUGGAUACUGGUAGAACAGCUCAACUCAUACAGAAAGCAGAAGAAAUGAAGAGUGGGUUGAAAGAUCUCAAAACCUUCUUGACAGAUGAUAAAACUAAAUUGACAGAAGAAGAGAAUAAAAACUCAGCUUCAGCCUGUAGUACUUCUGAUUUAAUUAUAAAGCCACAUGCUGAAAGCACUGGGCCUACUCUGGAGUGGGAUAACUAUGAUUUACGUGAAGAAGCAUUGGAUGAUAGUGUAAGUAGCUCUGUGUAUGCCUCACCUCUGGCAAGUAGCCCUGUGAGAAAAAACCUAUUUAGAUUUGGGGAAUCUACAACAGGAUUUAAUUUUAGUUUCAAAUCUGCCUUGAGCCCAUCCAAGUCUCCUGCCAAACAGAAUCAGAGCAGGUUGUCUGUAGGAACAGAUGAAGAGUCUGAUCUUACUCAGGAAGAAGAAAGAGAUGGACAGUACUUUGAACCUGUGGUACCUUUACCUGACCUUGUAGAAGUGGCAAGUGGUGAAGAAAAUGAGCAAGUUGUCUUCAGUCAUAGAGCUAAACUCUACAGAUAUGAUAAAGAUGCCAAUCAAUGGAAAGAAAGAGGUAUUGGGGAUAUAAAGAUCUUGCAGAAUUAUGACAACAAACAAGUUCGUAUUGUAAUGAGACGAGACCAGGUAUUAAAACUCUGUGCCAAUCAUAGAAUAACACCAGACAUGAACAUGCAACAGAUGAAAGGAACUGAAAGAGCCUGGGUAUGGACUGCAUGUGACUUUGCAGAUGGGGAAAGAAAAGUAGAGCUCUUAGCUGUGCGAUUUAAACUACAGGAUGUUGCAGAGUCAUUUAAGCAAAUUUUUGAUGAAGCAAAACAUGCCCAAGAAAAAGACACCUUGAUUACACCUCUCUCUUCACGUGCCAGUACACCAAGAGAGUCUCCAUGUGGCAGAAUUGCUGUAGCUGUACUGGAGGAGACCACCAGGGAGAGAACUGAUCUGAACCAGGAUGGUGAUACCUCUGAUGUGACUGUAGAGGUUUCAGAGAUGUCAAGCACUUCUGAAACACCAACGAAAACAGUGGUUUCUCCUCCAAAGUUUGUAUUCGGUUCAGAAUCGGUCAAAAGCAUUUUCAGUAGUGAAAAAUCAAAGCCAUUCACAUUUGGAAAUACUUCAGCUACAGGAUCUCUAUUCGGUUUCAGCUUUACCUCUCCUUCAAAAAGUAAAAGUGAAGAGGAUAGUUCAGUGUCUCAAAACAUAAUGCAAAGAGAACUACAGCUCACAGUAACUGAGCCUCAGGAAAGCUACACUCCCAAUCAGAAGCCUACAGACAGCCAGGGAGAAAAUUACUUGGUUACAUCAGCAGCAGGAUCCUCUAAUUACACAUUUAAAACACUAGAAAAAGUUGAGAGGAAAAAGGAAACUGAUGCAGAACUUCCCUCUGAUGUACUCAUUGUUUAUGAGCUAACACCUACCCCUGGACAAAGAGCUCUUGCUGACUCUCUUAAACUACCUUCAACAUUCUUCUGCUACAAGAAUAAGCCUGGCUACUUAAGUGAAGAGGAUGAUGAUGAAGACUAUGAAAUGGCUGUUAAGAAACUUAAUGGAAAGCUAUAUCCUGAUGAUCCCAAAGAGCAUAAAACAUCAAAAGAUCCUGUGCAAGAUAUCAUGGGAGAAAUUGAACCAGAGAAUGAGAGUGAGUGUGUUAUUGUUUGGGAAAAGAAACCAACUCCUGAAGAAAAGGCUAAAGCAGAGACUCUAAAGCUUCCUUCUACAUUUUUCUGUGGUGUUGGCAGUGAUACUGAUGAGGACAAUGACAAUCUGGAAGACUUUCAGACAGAACUUAAAAAAGUUCAAGAAGCCAAAGAGUUUCUGGGAAAUGACGUUACCAGUUCAACUGAUUUAGCCUGUACCAGUGAGGCUGAAGUAUCUGUUCCAUUAACCAGUGAGGCUGAAGUAUCUGUUCCAUCAACUACUAAAUGUGAAGAACCAGACUCAACCACGCAAUCCCCCCUCACAUCACAGACUUUGUCAGGGACCGAUGACAAACCUGUUGAUUUGUCAACUAAAAAAGAAAAUGAUCCAAAUUUAACAAAGUCCACAAACCAAGGAAGCAGAACAAUCGCAUUUGGAUUUGACACUACUUCCGGCUUGUCAUUUGCAGAUCUGGCUUCAAAUUCUGGGGAUUUUGCUUUUGGUUCUAAAGAUAAAAACUUCAAAUGGGAAAAUACAGGAGCAGCUGUAUUUGGAGUACAGCCAGCCAGUAAAGGAGAUGAAGAUGAAGAUGGUAGCGAUGAAGAAGUUGUACAUAGUGAUGAUAUCCACUUCGAACCUAUAGUGUCCUUACCAGAGGUGGAGGUGAAAUCUGGAGAAGAGGAUGAAGAAAUUCUCUUCAAAGAGAGGGCAAAACUCUAUCGAUGGGACAGAGAAGUCAAUCAGUGGAAAGAGCGAGGAGUUGGAGAGAUAAAAAUUCUAUUCCAUACACAGAAGAAAUAUUACAGAAUUUUAAUGAGAAGGGACCAAGUUCUCAAAGUGUGUGCAAAUCAUGUAAUCACAAAAAUAAUGAAUUUAAAGCCCCUGAAUACAUCAAACAAUGCUUUAGUAUGGACUGCCACAGAUUAUGCUGAUGGCGAAGCAAAAGUAGAACAACUUGCAGUUCGAUUUAAAAGCCAAGAAAUGGCUGAUUCCUUCAAGAGGAGAUUUGAAGAAUGCCAACAAAAUUUGUCAGAACUUCAGAGAGCACAUGUAUCCCUGGCAGCAGAACUGUCAAAGGAAACCAACCCUGUAGUGUAUUUUGAGGUUUCUGCUGAUGAUGAACCUUUAGGACACAUAACCAUGGAACUAUUUUCAAAUAUUGUUCCUCGAACUGCUGAAAAUUUCAGGGCCCUAUGCACAGGGGAAAGAGGAUUUGGAUUCAAGAACUCUAUAUUUCACAGAAUAGUUCCUGACUUUGUGUGUCAGGGAGGAGAUAUCACUAGGCAGGAUGGAACAGGUGGACGGUCCAUUUAUGGAGAUGCAUUUGAAGACGAGAACUUUGAAGUGAAACACACUGGUCCUGGAUUACUGUCGAUGGCAAAUCGUGGCCGGGACACCAAUAAUUCUCAGUUUUUUAUCACACUUAAAAAAGCAGAACACUUGGACUUUAAACAUGUGGUAUUUGGGUUUGUGAAGGAUGGCAUGGAUGUUGUGAAAAAAAUUGAAUCUUUUGCUUCUCCCAAAGGGUUAGUGAACAGAAUUGUUAUCACAGACUGUGGGCAAAUAUAAUGUCUAAGUAGUGAUUCUACAGAUAUGUGCACUAACAGCAUAAAUCAAAGUUGGGCUGUUGUAGACUAAUUAUGUUCAGCUUUUUUAAUAUUGACAUUUCUGAUGUAUAAAUGUAAAAUUACAACUUAUAGAGUACUUUUUUUAAUGAGUUAAUUGACUUUGCAUGUUGUGAAAUAAAAGUUCAAACACUGGCAUAUGUUAUCCUGAUAUUUGUUUUAAAUGUGAAAAAUUUAAAAUUAAAUUCUAGUCUUGUUAAAGCAA